UUCACAAAGUGGACGACCUCAGCCAUUAUCACGAUCACAUUCAGCUACAGAACCAAUGGCACUUGAGACUAAACAACGUCAACCACUACUAACUAAGCAAAAAUCUGCGGAACCAACAUUACAAAAAACUCCAUCAAAAACACAACAACCUCCAUCAACAGCACUACAACCAUCGCUGAAUAAUACACAACAAUCUCCACUAACAGCUACACUAAAGCCACAUCAACAGAAGGAGAAGAAAGACCCAUUACCAUCAUCACCUAUGGAAGGUUCAAUAGAAUUCAUUACAGUGAAAGAGAUGUUAGCUGAUCUUGUUAGUCUGUUAGCAAGAACUGAUCCAGUUAUUUUAUCAUUAAAUAAUGAACUCAUUUCUUGUGGAAUCACACCUCAAGAUGUAUACAGUGCUGUUGCUAAUCCUUAUCCUCCUCCAAAUGAAAAAGCUACUCGACUCAUCAACUCAUUAUUAGCUAUCAUACAAACUCAUUCUAAUCCUAACAGUGUGUUCUCUUCUCUCGUUACUUCACUACAGAAAGUAGGACUGAAGGACAUGGCAUCUAAACUAAUGGAAAAUUUCAAAAUGAAAGGUGGUCAUGUUGGUCCUAAAGAGCAGCAGCCAUCAGUCAGUAAAGGACCACUUCAACCACACACACCACAACCAACUAUCACUGGACCACAACCAACUACUCCUACUACUGUCAUUGAGCUCAGUUCAAAGGGUGAAGUUGCUACCAAUAUUGGAAGUCUUCAUUCUCGUUUUGCAACUCUCAAUGUUAUAAUGAAAAGAAAGGCUGAGCAAAUUGUGCAAAAAGGUGAAGUUGAGCUUAUAGAUAUAGCUAGGAGUGCAGCUGCUUAUUUAAGCAUUGAAGUAUCCAGUUUGAAAUAUGGUGAUGUUGAUGAACUAUUUGAUUCUGUUCAGCCUCAUUAUGAUUUCUUCAGUUGUGGUGUACUUAAACACUUGACAGACACUUACCUUUCAAAUGCACAAACUGAACUAACUCAAUACAUUGAUAGUCUUGAUAAAUUUGCUGAGUCAUCACAAUUGAAGCACAUACGAUCAACAAUCAAAGAGAAAUUAUCAUCAUUACCAGCAGCAGCCUCACCAACCACUAGCAAUCAAACAAAACCAGUUGUUAUUAAACUGAAUGACAGGUGGGAAAAAAUGACUUUAAAAAAUUUUAAAAGAGUUCUUGAGUAUUACUUUGGACAUAAAAUAGCAGAUAUUUCUACUAUAGUGGACAUUGAUUAUGGUUCAGUUGUUAUUACACUGUCAAUACCAACCUCACUAUCACAGUCUAUUAUUGAUGCUAUCAAUAACAAUAAAGAAUCAAUGAGUAGAUUAGGAAUAUUGGAAGUUGCUGUUGACAAAGAUACAAUUCCUGUCAGAAAAGAAGAUGAUAACAGUUUUGACACUUCACUUCAUGAAUCAGUGGAAGCUGGUGAUAGUUUUGAAGUAUCAAUGCUACUGCAGUUAGGAGCUGAUCCUAACAGUAAAGAUGAGAGAGGAAAGAGUGCAGUGGAGAUAGCUAAUGAAGGAGGACACUCUGCAAAAGAAGAAACAUUAGCUGCUAAUGGAGGUAAAAGAAAGAGUGCGGAAAUAGAUGAAGAAGAAAUAGAAGAGAAAAUAUCACCUGACAAAGAUCAGACGUAUGAGUGGAAUAGCGGACAGAAAAAAGUGGAUGCAUCUGUGUCACUGACAGUCUUUCACAACGCUGGAGCUGACAGAAAUGAACAAAGGCUAUAGCAUUGCUCAAUAAGUUCCAGUUACCAUGUAGCAGUUUAACUGUAUUUGUAGCUUGAGAAUUGAAAUAUUUUAUUGUCAUGUAUAAAUAAUUAUUAUUAUUUAUAAUUAAUUUUUUUGGUUCCUGUAAAAACAAUAUUUGUUCUUGUUAUUGUAG